UCGUUCAAUACUAUAAAUACACAUGCUGGAAAUGGAUUAUACAAAAAUAUCCUAUUUUCAGACAAUCAGCAGCGCCGUCUGAUAAUGGCUUCCGGCGGCGCCGUCGUGCCGCAAUCCUCCUCCGAUGCGGCGGUCCUAAUGGUGCCCUUCCCCAUGCAGGGCCAUCUCAACCAGCUCCUCCACCUCUCCCGCCUCCUCGCCGCCGCCCACCUCCCCGUCCACUUCGCCGCCACCGCCGCCCACUGCCGCCAGGCCCGGCGGCGCUUCCACGGCGGCGCAACACUCUCCGCCGCCGAUAAUAUCUUCUUCCACCACCUCCCACCCCUCCACACCACCCAAAUAUCCACCCGACCCGACCCGAAUUCCACCACCCAUUUCCCCUCCCACCUCCAGCCUUUAUUCGACGCCGCUGCCGCCGCCCUCCGCCGCCCCGUCGCCGACCUCACCCGGCGGCUCUGCGCCGCCCACCGCCGCGUCGCCAUAAUAUGCGACUCCUUGAUGGGAUCUGUGGUCCAGGACUUCCUCAACUUCCCGAACGCCGAAGCGUACGCCUUCCACAGCGUUUCGGCUUACGCCGUUUUCUUCUUUUUGUGGGAGAGUCUUGGCAGGCCGUUCCGUCUGGACCCCGAGGUCCUGGAGAAUCUCCCCUCUUUAGACGGGUGCUUUACUCCCGAAUUCUUGCAGUUCGUCGCCUCCCAGCACAGAUUCCUCGGAAUAUUCUCCGGCAGGAUUUACAACACGUGCAGAAUCUUGGAAAACAAAUUUCUCGACCUUUUAUCCGAAAUCGACUGUAAUAAGAAACAAUGGCCGUUGGGGCCAUUCAAUCCUGUGGAUAAUUUUCAAGAAUCUCCGGCGGCCGGCGGCGACCGCAGCCGCCAUGAAUGUCUGAAAUGGCUCGACGGACAUGGCCGGAAUUCUGUCAUUCUCGUAUGCUUCGGGACGUCGACGACGUUGCCAGAGAGGCAAAUUUGGGAAUUGGCGGCGGGAUUGGAGAACAGCCGGCAGAAAUUUGUUUGGGUCGUCAGAGGCGUCGACGGUGACGGCGCCGGAGAUGACGUGGAUAACGGCAUGAUGACGGAGAUUGAAUUGCCGUUAGGGUUUGAGGAGAGGGUGAAGGAUAGGGCGGUGGUGGUCAGAGAUUGGGCCCCACAGCUGGCGGUUUUGGGACAUCCGGCGAUCGGCGGUUUUAUGAGCCACUGCGGAUGGAAUUCGAGCAUGGAGAGCAUUUCGAUGGGAGUUCCGAUCGCCGCCUGGCCGAUGCACUCCGAUCAGCCGCGGAAUGCCGCUCUGAUCGGAAAAUUGGGGGUCGGCGUGGCGGUGAGGGAUUGGAACCGCCGCGAAGAGAUUGUGGAGGCUGCGGCGGUGUCGAGCGCCGUGCGGCGGCUGAUGGCGUCGGAGGAGGGAGACACGAUGAGGAUUGCCGCCGGAGAGUUGGGCGCCGCCGUGAGAGAGGCGGCGGCCGCAGAAAUGAAGGUGGAGCUGCAGUCCCUUGUUUCGUAUCUCACCAGAUAAGAUAAUAGGAAUACUAUUUGACUAUUUGGAACAUUAUUUUGAAUAUUAUUUUAUUAAUUUUAAGUUCGAAUA